UGGUAAUAUGAAGGUUGUUGAGUGUAAUGACAAUCUUGCAUAAAACUGUUUAGAGUAUAUAAUCAUUACUAUUCCUCUUUCACAUUCAUAACCGUCUCUCUUUCCCGCCAAUAUCAAACUCGCUUUCUAUCACUUUCCCUAGAAAAUUCAACUUGCUGCUUUCACCCAUCUGAGACGAUCUUAUAAUUUGGAAGUUGUUGAUUUCACAUUCAACAAUUUCUUGAUCUUUUUGGUCAUCAAUCCGAAAAUUAAAUUCAGAGUUUGCUAGCUUUCAAGAAUCUGAUAACUUGGAGGUUGUUGACUUCACAUUCAGCAAUUUCUUGGUCUUUUUGGUCACCAAUCCGGAUCCAUCAAGAAGAGUAGGUGAUAAUCUCUAAUAUUCCAAGUUCCAAUGGCGGAAAUGCCUAACAGUGACCCUCUUCCACCAGCAACUGCACAUAUGCUUCAGGCUCUUGAAGCCUUUCUGGAUACCCCACCACUUCCUUGUGUGUUCCGCUGUAUCUUUUGCCAUACUCUCAUUGCUCUGGGCCAUAACUUUAUUCAGGAUCUUUAUCCAUUUUCCACGGCUCAGCUCCUCUUUGAUUACGUUAAUGGUGUGAAUUUUAGAGAAGGAGACUAUCCAAUGCUAUCAUAUGUAGGUGAAGCUCCUGCAGGGAGUCAGGUGGAUGAGGUUUCUAUCUACUGUAUUUCAUGUGGAAGCUGGCUUGGGUGGAGAAUAAUUCGGCAGUAUGCUUACCACCCUGUAAUCCGUGAAGGCCAAUUUGUACUCACAUGUGGUGGUGGUGCAGGCAUAGUGGCUGUAUAUCCUAUGUAAAGUUUUCUAUACAUUUCUAUUCAGUGUAAAUGUUGUGAUGUCGAUGACUGUGAAUGUAAUAGCAAAUGUUAAUCCCCUUGACAAGUGUGAGUAACAAUUACAAUUCACCAAAAUUUGAUAAUAUAAUCCUAACUAAUUAAAUCAA